AUGGAAAACACAUCUACAAACCUUGAAGUUACUGUUCUAAUUAACGAUAAUGAUACUUCAGUCCGUACUGAACUUCCUAAAGCUGCAAAGCUUACGGAGAUACGUGAAAUCCUUGCCAAAAACCCAGAAAUAAGAAUGGGACAUAAAGCUCAUUUUAUAAUAUGUGAAGAAGGAUCAGCAAUUAUCCCGAUUAUCCCGCACGAUGAAGAAGAAAACUAUCUUUUAAAUAAAAUCAUCGAUUCUGCUAGCAAUUUGAAAAUAAAGGGUGAGCUUAAGCCAAAUUGGGCAGAAAUUAUAGAGAAAAAUUCGCUUGAAUAUGGAUUGUUUUUUACGAAGGACGGACCUAAACCAGCAGAGAAAAAAGCAUUUAAAUUUAAAUCAUAUUCGGAAAUUACGUUUCGAACACCAAAAACUUCGGAUCAAGAACUAAAAUAUAGUGCGGAAAUAGAUGAUAUGCGUGCCAAAAAUCCAAUGUUUUCAACAAAUAUAAGUGUAAAACUGCCAAAUAUGCCAAUUUCUGCGAAUUUUGGUGGUACUUACCGGUCGAAUUCUACCCAUCAUAGCAAUAACGUAACUUAA